AUGCUUCCAGUACAAAUAUUAAAACAAAAUGCUCAUGAAGAACGAGGUGAAGGAGCACGUUUAUCAUCAUUUGUUGGUGCAAUCGCAAUUGGUGAUUUAGUAAAGUCUACAUUGGGACCGAAAGGAAUGGAUAAGAUUUUGUUGUGUGGUGAAGGUGACUCACAGCAAGUGCAGGUAACAAAUGAUGGAGCUACUAUUCUGAAAGCUAUUGGUGUUGACAAUCCAGCUGCGAAAGUUCUCGUCGAAAUUUCGAUGACACAAGAUUCGGAAGUGGGUGAUGGAACAACAUCAGUGACCGUUCUUGCUGCUGAGCUAUUGAAAGAAGCCGAACGACUGGUUGCUGCCCGAAUUCAUCCACAGACAAUUAUUGCUGGCUAUCGACGAGCUUUAAAAAUAGCCCAAGAUGCGCUCCGAGCAUCGGCUAAAACUUCUAGUCCAACAGAUAUGCGUGAUGACUUGUUGAAAAUAGCUCGAACAACACUGGGUUCCAAGAUUUUAGCGCAACAUAAGGAACAUUUUGCUCAACUUGCCGUUGAUGCUGUGUUGCGUCUGAAAGGUUCUGGAUGUCUGGAAUCAAUUCAGAUUAUCAAAAAACUGGGUGGUUCGAUGGAUGACAGUUAUCUGGAUGAAGGGUUUUUGCUUGAAAAACGUCCAGGCAUGUACCAACCAAAAAAAGUUGAAAAUGCAAAAAUUCUGAUUGCUAACACGCCGAUGGAUACCGACAAGGUGAAAGUAUUCGGUUCAAGAGUGCGUGUUGAUUCUGUGGCUAAAGUUGCAGAACUGGAAGUUGCUGAAAAACAAAAAAUGAAGGACAAGGUAAAUAAAAUCCUAGCACAUAAAAUUAACGUAUUUAUCAACCGUCAGUUGAUAUACAAUUAUCCGGAGCAGCUCUUUGCUGAUGCUGGUAUCAUGGCCAUCGAGCAUGCCGAUUUUGAAGGAAUAGAAAGACUCGCUCUUGUUCUUGGUGGUGAAAUCGUGUCAACAUUUGAUUCACCUGAAUUAGUUAAACUUGGUUCUUGUGAUCUCAUCGAGGAAGUUAUGGUUGGUGAGGAUCGGCUGCUGCGAUUUUCUGGUGUUCCUAUUGGUGAGGCUUGCAGUAUUGUUGUCCGUGGUUCUACUCAACAAAUUCUUGAUGAAGCGGAAAGAUCACUUCAUGACGCGUUAUGUGUCUUAGUGACUCAUAUUAAGGAAGCACUCACUGUCGCCGGCGCUGGAGCGUCCGAAAUUUUGAUGAGCACUGCAGCGAUGUCCGAAAGUCAGAAGAUUGCUGGGAAGGAGUCGCUUGCUGUAGAGGCGUUUGCUCGUGCACUGGCACAAUUACCAACUUACAUUUGCGAUAAUGCUGGUCUGGACAGUGCAGAAAUCGUAUCAAAGUUACGUGCUUACCACAGUAAUAAUAAUCAUAGCAUGGGAAUUGAUAUUGAAAAAGGGGAGCCAACGGACGUUAUUGAAAAAGGUCUGAUCGAGUCGUUCAGUGUAAAGUUGUGUAUGGUUUCCAGUGCAGCAGAAGCGGCUGAGCAGAUUCUUCGUGUGGACAAUAUCAUCAAAAGCGCACCACGACAACGAGCGCGCGAUCGUAGACCUUGUUAA